AUGGUGUCUCCUCAGGCACAGGCCGCAGCUAGAGCUGCCUAUCGUGCCAUAUUCAGAGCCACUACGGUCACUUUCAAAGGGGAUGAGCCGUUGUUGCGCGCCUUCAGGCAAAAGACCCGGGAAGCGUAUGUAGCCAAUCGUUCGCUUGCCGACGAAGCCGCCUACGCAGGCGCAGUGAAACAUGCAAAUGAUGUUGCAGAAGUUCUCUUGAAAAAUGUUGCGCAGGCCAAGCAACGGGAGGAUGGUUCGUGGAACCUACGGAUGACAGAACACACAGAGCUGGGCGACAACGAAACCAUCAACCGGUUCGCGUCGUCGAAAAUGUCCAGAGAUCGGCCUCGUGGGACGCAGAUGCGAGCUUUCUCCACAUUUCUCCCGCGUCAGUCAUACACGCGGGACAAGCGUGAGGCUCAUCAGAAGCGCGAGCUGCCAGUCUUAAAAGCAGAAGAUUUGGAGGAAUCUUUCGUUCGAGGCUCGGGACCUGGUGGACAGGCUAUCAAUAAAACAUCUAGCUGCGUCAGCUUGAUUCACCGACCCACCGGCAUUCGUGUGCUCGCACAGCCUACUAGAUCACGGCAACAGAACAGAAAAAUUGCUCGCAAAAUUCUGCUUGACAAGCUCGAUCAGCUGAUGAAUCCGGGGCUCUCAAAAACAGACAUGAAGCGUGAUAAAAUUCGCGAAAGAAAGAGGCAGCGCGAUAAAAAGCGCAGAAAGGAAGUCGGAGACGCUGAAGACGAAAUUGAGGACGAUUUGAAAAAUCCCCUGAGAAUGGGCCUCCCUAGAGAUGGAUAA